AUAUAUUAGCGACAAAAUCAUGAUGUUCCCAACGCAAUUCAGACCAGCACAGCCCCGUUGCUAGGGCAGAGUAGGCGGAAACCCAGACGCCCCGGUCGUCCUUGUCCUAUCUCGCUCCCCUGCGCACAAGCUUCCCCUCGCCGCCGCAGCUGCCGGAGACAUGAACCAGCCGGUGCAGAAGAACACCCUCUACGUCGGUGGGCUGGCGGAGGAGGUUGACGAGAAGAUCCUGCACGCGGCGUUCGUGCCCUUCGGGGAGGUCAAGGACGUCAAGACGCCGCUCGACCAGGCCACGCAGAAGCACCGCUCCUUCGGCUUCGUCACCUUCCUCGAGCGCGAGGACGCCGCCGCCGCCAUGGACAACAUGGACGGCGCCGAGCUCUUCGGACGCGUCCUCACCGUCAACUACGCCUUCCCCGAGCGCAUCAAGGGAGGAGAGCAGGGAUGGGCCGCGCAACCAAUUUGGGCUGAUGCGGACACGUGGUUUGAGAGGCAGCAGCAGGAAGAGGAGAUGCAGCGCCUGCAGGCAGAGCACCGUGCAGCAAUGCAAGCAGCAGAGAAGAUGCACAGGGAGAAACUGGCUGCCGAAAGAGAAGGCGAGAAAGACGAAGAGACAGAACCAAUGGCUGCAGCAGAAGCUCAGGCCUUGAAACAAAGCUCCUAGAAACAGUGAUGUCAACUAUAGAACAUUUACUGCUUUCGUAUCCAUUUGUCAAUUACAUCAUAUUCUCACCAGUGGAUAUGACUAACAUGCUAGACUUGCAAGAGACGGUUAAGCGGAAAAGAAUCCUAUAUCUCCCGUGAAGUGGGAUUCUUCUUCCCACUAACUCACCACUAGAUGGAACAUGAAAUAUAAAAAAAAUGGUGUUCUGUAUUA